CAGGCAUUCCAUCACUCUGCCCGUUUUGGCGCACUUGGUGUGUCCUGCAGAAGAAGGCUGCGGGACUGGUUAUUGCCCUUCGUUGCAGCUUCAUUCCUCCUGUGACGCGCCGGUCGCUCCUCUGCCAUUACCCGCAGUACUUGUAAUCACCCCCGACGGCCUCCUGUCUCGACCUGAACCUCGACCUCUGACCUUACCCGUCCUGCGCGCCACGUCUGAACACCCAUCACCCAGUAUCCUUUGCUUGCUUGGAAGUAAUCGCCAUGGUCGCCGACGACUUGUACGAGAAGGCGCUGCCUGUGCUGCAGGACGAGGCCCUGGAUGAGGAGGACAAGACGGACAAACUCGAGGAGCUCAUGCGCAAGGAGACCAACCUCACGGGCAAAUCACUCGAGAACAUCGUUCUGGACUGCCUCUGGCGCUAUCGCGACGCCGGCAGCUCUUCCAGCUCUCCCCCCAGCCGCCAUACCAUCAUCCGCCGUCCCUCGCCAGCUCCCUGGCAGGCCAAUCGCGCCCCUACUCCUGUCAACGCCUCCCCGCGCAUGGUACACCCUCCACCGGGCUUUCCCAUGCCACCUGGAUUCGCGCGCACAAAGUCGUCAACCGCGUCCCCCUUUACUUCCCCGCGACCCUCGCCUCGCCUUGCUUUUUCCACACCGCAUAUCCCCCACAGCCCCAGCCUGAGCGCAUACCAGUUCAGCGAAUGCGCCAGCCCCAACACAGAGUCGUAUGGCGACCUCGAUGGCCACUCCGUCGACUGGCUAGUCAACGAUGACGCUGCGAGCACUGAGUCGUCUCUCCUGGGCGACGGCACGCUCAAUGGGGCCGCGGCCGAAUGGGUGCAGCCCCAGACCAUGGACAUGGGCCCAUACGACAUGCUGCGCUCGAUUCUCAGGGACGACCGAUCAGACGAAGAGCUUGAGAAGGUUUUGGAGGCCAAUGGCUACGACCUCAGUGCUGCCCUCCUCGCACUCAUGGGACAGCAACUCGAUGUACAACAGCUCCCUACUACACCCUCCGAGCACCCGGGAUACAUCAUCGGAAAGUCCAUGAGCCCGGCAUUCAGGCCUAGUACACCCGUGGGCCAGCAGAAGAGCAACAUCGUGUGCAAGUACUUUUUGUCGACUGGACAUUGCGCUCGAGCCGACUGCAGGUUUAGCCACGACACCAGCAAGACAUUAUGCAAAUACUUUCUAAAUGGGAAUUGCUUAGCUGGCGAUACAUGCCUCUUUUCACAUGAUCCCUCAGCUCUCAUGGCUCGUAUGGCUGUAUCAGACGUCCAAACUCCACCCAUACCCAACUUCCAAAUGUCCGAUUAUGAGUUCCCCACACUCCACUAUAACGGCUCUCCGCUAGGCACUCCGUCGAUAACAUCUGCCGCGACCUCUUUGGAACAGCUCUACGGUCUCACAGGUGGUGGCCCCACACGCCCUCCACCAGGACUAAGUCCUUUCGCAAACUUCACUCCUGGGGGCGGUAGUCGCCCGCAGUCUAGAACUGGCAGCCGCCAGACUUCGCGUGCUACUACACCUUCGGUGCUUGCAGUUGACGACAAUGACGCUUUCCCUAGUCUAGGCUCCGCUGCUGCUGCUAAGACGGGAAAGCGUCACCAUGGCAAGCGAGGUGGACAUGGCCAUCACAAAGACGCGCCAGGACCUAACAAUCUAGCAGAUGUUGUUCGCAUGUCGCCUGUUCCGACUCCUGCUACUCCGGCUCGCAAGGGAUUGAGACCAACCAAGAGCUUCACAGGAUCUCGCGAGAACAGUGUGGCUGCCCAGGCGAUACCCGCUCCUCAGCACAUUCCAUGGCUAGAGACAGGUGAAAAGGGCAAUCAGGCGUAUCUCAAAGCUCGCGCCGAGGCUUUCAAGCAUGGCAGUCUGCGCAACAAGUUUUUGCAGAGCGCUGCUCAAGCUUGGAACCGCAGCGAUUCGCGCGCGGCGAAAGCUCUGAGUCUUAGGGGGCAGAGUGAGAACAACCUGAUGCGUGAAGCUCACCGUGAAGCUGCUCGGAUCCUGUACGAAGACCGCAACAAGGAUAGCGAUGGCUCGAGAGAGCUGUAUGUUGAUCUUCACGGUCUGCAUCCAGAUGAGUCGGUUUCGUAUCUCGAGGGCAUUCUUCUGAAGCACAGCUCGUCUUCUCGUCCAGUCUAUGCUAUCACAGGAACAGGUCACCACUCCAAGAACGGCAAGGAUAAAGUUGGCAAGGCUAUUCGCGGCUUCCUAAACGAAUGGCGCUAUGCCUUCCGUGAAUUUUCUGUUCCUGGCGACCGCAACAAUGUAGGUGGCAUUCUUGGUAUCGACCCGAGUAGCUAUGACAAGAGCGUGGCGGAACGGCCAAAGGAAUCGGAAUCAGAUGGAGACAGCGCAAAGAAAGACACCAAGAUUCGCAUCAUGAAGAGAGAUGAUGUGAUAGAUGCGCCGAAAGGACCGAAGCGUACUGCUUGAUCUGAUUGAGUGGGAGUGGAAGGUACCAAGUAGGUAGCAUGAAAUAAGAAAGAGUUUACUUCACUACUUGUUUGGUGAUCUAGGCUAUGUCAACGCGUUGGGUAAGUGUGUCGCCGCAAGAAAUUGAAAAGGUGUGCUGCAGCCUACGUUAGUAUCGGAACGAAAGUUGACAAACUUUCACUGCCAUGUAGACUUCUGGGUUAUCUACGUCCAUUCAUAUCUGUAGGUGGUGUCCAAUUUUUCCCUUGGAUGGGGUGGCCGAGAUGUGCCAGCUCGGUGAAGCUGCUCGACUGAGGAAGCCACGCCCAACGUCGUGCUUGCUACUCUCGUCUGGACCCACUAUCUCUCACCUUAUGGCACACACAAGUAUUCAUUUUCGUCCCUUCUCACCCGUAGCGGUCGCCUUUUCCAACGUGUUCCCUCACCAACAUCUCUUGCCCUCACCACCGCGUCGUUUCAGCUAG